GGGGGCGGGCGGUAGUGCUCAGGGAGAAGCCGGCCAGGCUGACGCUAUGGAGGUUGACCAGCCGUCUGUUCCGGCCAUGGGCAUUGAAGUGUGUCGGGCUGCGCUGGAGGCCAUGGCGGCGGGACACUUCGACGCGGACAGCCAGGCCUGCGUGACAACGCUCGCCAAGGUCAUCGACAACGUCGUUCACCGUCCUGGGGAUUCUCGGACGCGGCAGAUCCGCUGCGCGAACGCGGCGUUUCAGCACAAGGUGGGCCGCAUCACCGGAGGCAUCUCGUUCCUAGAAGGCGUCGGGUUCGUGUCCCGAGAAGAGGGACCGCAGCAGCAGCAGCAGCAGCAGCAGCUCUUGGGCGGUGGCGGCGGCGGCGGCAGCGCGGGGGACAGGUUUCUCGUUCUCGCACCCGAGCGCGAGGACGCUGGUCUCCUGAAAGCGGCAAGGGACCUCUUGUCCAAGCAGGCGGAGGCGCUGGGGGUGCCCCGGGAGCGCAUGCCUCAGCCGCCUCGGGCUCGUCCUUCUCCGCCGCCGCCUUCCGCGGGGCAGGCGGCUCCUGCUGCGUUUGACCCGUACAAGCCCUUCAUGACAUCCACAGCGCCCACUCCGAAGGACCCCCAGGAGUCAUCCCUCACGGAGAAGCGACUGGAGGAACUCCUCGCCAAGCGGGCGGCGGUGGUAACCUUGCCCAGCCAGGCGGCAGCGGCGGCGGCAGCGGCGGCGGCGGGAGGCUUCUCCGUCGGCGCGGCAGGAAGAGAAAGAGACGGGAGUUCAGGGAUGGGAGGCGGUGGUGACGGGGAGAGGGGAGACGGGGGUCUUCUGGCGAAGAAGGUGGCGCGGCAGAUCGCGGAGAGGAAGAAGCAGGACGAGGUCCCCUUCCAGACAAAGGCCAUGAGGGAUAUCGAGCGACUGCAGAAGUCGACCGUGUACCGGACCACCGUUAUCAAGGUUCAGUUCCCCGACCGGGUGGUCCUGCAGUCGACGUUUGCGUCGACCGAAGGCGUGAAGGACCUUCUGGACGUCGUCAAGAGCAGCUUGGAAGAUGACGUAGCGGCAAGGCCGUUCGAGCUGUACGUGAGCCCUCCCCGUGUCGUCCUGAAGGCCGCCUCCUCUCUCUCCGACGCCGGUCUCGUACCGGCCGCUCUGGUCUACGUCUCCUGGAGAGAGGUUCCCCCGACAGGCGAGGCCGAAGGGGGCUACCUCAAGCGAGAGCUUUUGUCUGGCACAACACCGGGGACGGCGGCGGCGGCAUCGGCACGCCCCGUUGGCGUAGCGCUAGAUGGCGGCGCGAAAGGCUCCGAAGAGUCGAAGACGGGGGGAGGAUCUGCUGGUGGCGGCAGCAGGCUAGGGGGCAAGGCCGGAGGUUCCAGCGGGGGAAAGCGGACCGGAAAGCCUAGCUGGUUGAAGAUCAACUAGCCGUUUGCCGAACCAAAACUGUCCGUGCUUUGUUAGCUUCACGAAUUGGCGCGUGAAGUUGCCCUGACUGCUGUGGUGUCAUCGCAACGAAAUCGUUCUUUCUGCCAACUUUGUAGUCUAUCUAUAUCUUUGUGCGACCCCGUUAGUUUUUGAGAGCGCUCGGUGUCUCGAAACCAGCGGGGGCAGGGGUAACUUGAGCGGAAAGCUUCGGGGUCGGUGUCAAGGCCGCAGAAAAAGCAAACAGUUUAUUUUGGAAAUACUACGUCGUGCGGUCGAGAAUAUCGGAACCACGUUAUGUUGGAAAUGCCACGUCGUGAGGUCCUCGGAGACGCCUAUUGUUUUCGGCUUUGCAGACUCUUUUCGGAGCCGAGCAAUGGGGAGCUUGGGAAGUUGACGGAGGUACAGACACUCGGACAUCGUUUGUUCUACUUCGAGGGGAGCCUCGACUGACUGCUGUGAUAUCCCCCUUACCGUCGACAGUUGUUGCAUGAAUGGACGGGACGUUGCAUAAACGUACGUUCGGAGGGAGAGGUUGCAGUCGAUGCGAGUGGUCGCUUUCCAUCGCAUCAAGCGAAGGGGUCACGGCUGAACAGCCAGGGGGCACGACGUGUUUUUUUUGUGCGUGAAAAACGACGUAUCAUAUUUCCUCCUUGACCCUGUAGAUUACUUUGAGGAGGUAGGCCUUGUGUGAUGGGCGAAUGAUCCAUGUCCUCGUUUUUGUGCUCGUGAUCGACUGUCUUCCGCGGAAGCCUUCGCUGGGUCAAUAUAUCGGGUACUACUGUGACGCACGCGUCUGGGAUGACAACGCGCGGCGGGCUCCAGGGUCUACCCCUUAACCGCAAGCUCUUUGGCACCGGGAGAUGUGAAAGUUGAUCGAAAUUUCGACACAGUAGUGAUGAAGCGG